UCUUGUUAUUGCGUCAUAUGAUUAAUGUACUUAAUUAUGUCAUUAUUUUAAAUUUAUGAAUAAUUCUUCUUGACAAUGGAAAAAUUCCGAUGAGAUAAUAUUAGUGAUUAGGGAGGGAUCUUUGCACAGCUUAGCAAUGUUAGUGACGCGGCUGUCACACGUGUUCAGAUUUAGUUCUAAACAGUUGAACGUCGGCCGCUUCUGUUCGCAGUACAAAUAUUUUAGUUUAGUUACUGUUAGAAAAUCACCAAAAAUGUACACCAUCGAAGAACGAGGAGCACCUAACAGCCUUGAUUACAGGAUUUAUUUCCGUGAUGAACAUGGCCCCAUUUCCCCGCUUCAUGACAUUCCCUUGUAUGCUGAUGAGGAAAAAAAGAUUUUCAACAUGGUUGUGGAAGUACCUCGAUGGACAAAUGCUAAGAUGGAGAUCUGUAUGAAAGAAGAAUUAAACCCAAUUAAACAAGACAUUAAGAAAGGUAAACUCCGAUUUGUUGCCAACUGUUUUCCCCAUCAUGGGUAUAUUUGGAAUUAUGGAGCUCUACCACAAACUUGGGAAAAUCCAAAUCAUCUCGAUGAUGGCACUGGUUGCAAAGGUGACAAUGAUCCUAUCGAUGUUCUAGAAAUUGGUUAUAGAGUAGCUAAACGUGGAGAAGUAGUUCAAGUUAAAGUUUUGGGAACAGUAGCAUUAAUUGAUGAAGGCGAAACUGAUUGGAAAGUUAUUACAAUUGAUGUCAACGAUCCUAUAGCUGAUCAAGUAAAUGAUAUAGCCGAUGUGGAAAAAUUCUUUCCAGGAUUAUUGAAGGCAACUGUUGAGUGGUUCAGGAUUUAUAAAAUACCUGAUGGUAAACCUGAGAAUCAAUUUGCAUUUAAUGGAGAAGCCAAGAAUUCUGCAUUCGCUCUAAAAGUAAUAGAUGACGUACAUAAAUUUUGGCUUCAAAUGGUUACUAAAGAAGUUGACGGUGGUGGCAUUUCAUGUAAGAAUGCUACAAUCGACUGCAGUCCAUUCAAAGCAGAUCGAGCAGAAUUAUUGGCCACUAUAAAUCAAGCCCCCGAAUUUGGAAGUCCUUUGCCAAUUGAACCAAUAGUGGACAAAUGGCAUUUUGUACAUCUAACGAAGUUCCCUUGAACAAUUUUUCUGUUGCUUUCUAUAUAAAAUACAAAUUUCAAACAAGGUCUCAUUUCAAAUAGGAUAGUAUAAAAUUACCAGUGAUUACAGUGUUAGUUUAAAAUCUUAUUUAUUGCUUUGUAAAUUGAUAUUAAUAAAAAGGUACAUGUAAUU